CAGAACCUGAAGUGGCUGCAUAAAGUGAGGCUGUACAUGAGUUUUGCACGUCUCUCCUUCGGUGGACAGAUUGAAGGUUCCAUGGGAACCUUUAUUGGUCAUGUGUAUCCAGGGCUGUUUCUGUUCUUACAUGGACUGUAUCAGGCAGUAGUAAUCUCCAAAGCUGUAAUAUUCAGUGACUCUCUCCUGUAUCCAUCUCCUCCCAGGAGUAAGGGAAGAUGUGCCAGGCUAUGGAAAAUAUCCUAUGGAGGUCUGUUGAAGAUGGUGACUGGCUGCCUCUUGACAGUUUAUGAGGUCAGCUGCGUUAAAGGAGGGCUGAUAUUGAUGAACAGGGAACUGCCACCAACGUUCAUGUACCCCAAAGAGUGGCAGCACCUCACCAUGUUCAUCCUCCUCACUCUCAAUGGCUGUGUGGACUUUGUGAGCAAGAACGUGCUGCCUCAGAGGUGUGUGGGCCUAGAAAAAGGUACCCUGGUCCUGAUUAUCUAUGAGCUCCUGCUGCUGAUGGUGUCACAUGUUAAAGAAUCGGAAGGGGUGGAGCUGCACGUGCACUCUCUGCUCAUCCUGGUGGUGUUCCUGCUGUUGCUGGUGUUCACUGCAGAGCUGUGGGCUCCCAACAUGCCUCAUCUCCAGCUGAUGGAGACCUUUCUGAUCCUGAUGAUGGGCUCCUGGCUGAUACAGGCGGGCUUUAUUCUAUACAGACCUGUCUCUGGCUACCCAUGGCAGGACGACGACAUCAGUGACAUCAUGUUUGUCACCACCUUCUUCUGCUGGCAUGUGAUGAUCGAUGCCUUGUGCCUGUUGGGAAUCUAUGGCUUCUCUUCCUUUUGGCAUCGUUGUUACACUCCCAGCUUAAAGCUGACGGGGCCCAAGGAAGCUCCGUAUUACGCAAGCCCUCCAGGACCCCUCUACAAGUUGCUGCAGGAAGUGGAGCAGUCAGAGAAAGAGGACCAGGUCCUCCUUUUUUCAAAGAGCUCCCCCGAGACAGGGCCUACAGUGGCUGGCACAUCAUCCACCUCGCCUUCCUCCUGUGGGCUCCUCAGCCACGAGCAUGGCACCCUCCUUGGUGAAGGUAACGGCCUUGAAGGCUAGCAGUCGGUCCCAUCUGCUGAUGCAUUUUCUUUUCUUUUCUUUUCUUUUUAUUUUUGAGACAGAGUCUUGCUCUGUUGCCCAAGGUGGAGUGCAAUGGCACAGUCUCGGCUCACUGCAACCUCCGCCUCCUGGGUUCAAGCGAUUUUCUGCUUCAGCCUCCCGAAUAGCUGAGAUUACAGGUGUCCGCCACCAUGUCCGUGCUAGUGCAUUUUCUAUCCCUGAGACUGUAAUUACUGAGAAGAUACUGAGGGAGGGAUUGAGAGAGACGAUAAUGAGAUUUGGGGGAGGGAGGAAAAAGGACCAGGAGAACAAAUUAGUGAGCAAGAAAAGCCGCUGGGGAAGAGACCUCAACAAAAGGAAGGAAGGGCUGUGGAGGGAGGAGAACAGGGUCUGGCAGUUAUGCUGUCACUAGUGGCUUCAUCAGCCACGAGGGAUUGCCUCUUACCUGAAGGAAUGAAGACUUCUCACAGCUCAGAACUGGAACUAUUCAAGUCCCAUCUUGAUAAAGAAAAGUGGGUACUUGCUGUGUUCACCAACGUGGUGCCACUGUGUGGAGGUGGCAUGCCAGAAUUUAUAAUUAAUUCAUACAGGCUGAAAUUAUGCUCGUUUUGCCUCCUCCUCUCCCCCUAGCUUUCAAGAAUUGGCUUCAUUUCAAAUUUUACAUAUAAAGUGAGACUUUUAAAAUAACUUAAUAACAUUUCAAAUUUCCAUAGUUCAAAUUUUUAUAGAAUUCAAAUGCUUGGUGCUUUCCUGACUUCUCAUAUUAUCACUCUCACUCCAGCCCAAACUUUCCUGUUUCACCAUGACCACCUUGCACAUGCAAUUCUUGAGUCUGCUAAUUUCUUUUCUUUGCAAAUCACAGCCAGUCAUCCUGCAGUCACAUAUUUACCAUGUUCUUAGAUUCCCAGUGGCUGGCACUGGGAAUAAACCUACAUCCACCUCCCACCACAUCGAGUAUCCCCAAGUCAGCCUUCUCCAAGAACUCUUAUUGAUUCCCUUGUUUUGGAACGCUUAGGCACUUACAUUUAAUCUGCCCCAUUAUUGUGCUCACACGGGUGACACACUUUCUUUUAUACUACCUGAAAUCACCUUCCUUCAGGAAGUUUUCUUCAUGCACUAAAGUACAGGCUUCUAAAGGGAAAAGACUUUGCCUUAUCCAAGUUACAAAAUUUCCUAUGUAUACCCCAGCUAUGGAUCACGGUUGAUGUUCAAUAAAGGCUUCUUUGCUUCCA